GAGACCCCGAGGCUCUGCCCGCGCCGGGCUUCUCUGUAGCUGGAUGCAUGUCGUGCUGGGGCAGCGCGGGCGCAGGGCACGCGUUCGCGCACACCCGCGCACACACGAAAACGCGCAAGAGCUGAACCGAGCCGGGUUUCCAUUUCAAAAAAGGAGACAGCCUCUACUGCGAAUGUAGAAGAGACCGAGGUGUGAAUUAGGGACCAGGAGGCGUCGAUCGGCGGAACGGUCCAUCUCAGAGACUAAUUUUCUGGAGUUUCUGCCCCUGCUCUGCGUCAGCCCUCACGUCACUUCGCCAGCAGUAGCAGAGGCGGCGGCGGCGGCGGCGGCUGCUCCCGGAAUUGGGUUGGAGCAGGAGCCUCGCUCGCUCCUUCGCUCGCGCUCUCCGCGCUCAGUCCCCGGCGGCAGGAGGAGCCUGGACCCAGGCGCCUCCGGCGGGCAAUAGGCGCCGGAGCCCGGCCUGGAGGUGCGUCCCGGAUCCCAGUGUACGUCUAGCAAGGAGGCUGCGCCCCAGAGAGUCCGUGGAGCGCCGCCGGCUGGUGCCCGGCGCGCCAGGCCAUGCAGCGACGGCAGCGGGGGAGCUCAGAACCGCGGUAGCGCCCCCUGUGAGGCGGCCAGAGAUGCCCCGGCCGCUGUAAACGGUGCCGCCCGCCAGGACACGCUCAGCCCCGGACACGCUCUGCUCUGCGCGCCCGCGACGAGCACCGAGUAGAGAGAGCGGCGAGCGCUGUGAAGGCUACCUAGCACUGGGAGAGGAGGCCAGCCGGUGCAGCGCAGGGACACUACUCAGUCUGACUCCGGCUGGCACUGGCGGCUAGGGAUGUCGUCCUGGACGAGGUGGCAUGGCCCCGCCACGGCGCGGCUCUGGGGCUUCUGCUGGCUGGUUAUGGGCUUCUGGAGGUCAGCUCUCGCUUGUCCCACGUCCUGCAAAUGCAGCGCCUCUCGGAUCUGGUGCAGCGAUCCUUCUCCUGGCAUCAUGGCAUUUCCGAGAUUGGAGGCUAACAGUGCAGACCUUGAGAACAUCACUGAAAUUUACAUUGCAAAUCAGAAAAGGCUAGAAAUCAUCAACGAAGAUGAUGUUGAAGCUUACGUGGGACUGAAAAACCUGACAAUUGUGGAUUCUGGAUUAAAAUUUGUGGCUCAUAAAGCGUUUCUGAAAAACACCAACUUACAGCACAUCAAUUUUACCAGAAAUAAACUGACGAGUUUGUCCAGGAAACAUUUCCGUCACCUUGACUUGUCUGAGCUGAUCCUGGUGGGCAAUCCAUUUACAUGCUCCUGUGACAUUAUGUGGAUCAAGACUCUCCAGGAGACUAAAUCCAGUCCAGAAACUCAGGAUUUGUACUGCCUAAAUGAAAGCAGCAAGAAUAUUCCCCUGGCAAACCUGCAGAUACCCAAUUGUGGUUUGCCAUCAGCAAAUCUGGCUGCACCUAACCUCACUGUGGAGGAAGGAAAGUCUGUCACAUUAUCUUGCAGUGUCGCAGGCGACCCAGUUCCGAAUUUGUACUGGGAUGUUGGUAAUCUGGUCUCCAAACAUAUGAAUGAAACAAGCCACACGCAGGGUUCCUUAAGGAUAACUAACAUUUCAUCUGAUGACAGUGGAAAGCAAAUCUCUUGUGUGGCAGAAAAUCUUGUAGGAGAAGAUCAAGAUUCUGUCAACCUCACUGUACAUUUUGCUCCAACUAUCACAUUUCUCGAAUCUCCAACCUCAGACCACCACUGGUGCAUUCCAUUCACUGUGAAAGGCAACCCCAAACCAGCGCUUCAGUGGUUCUAUAAUGGGGCAAUAUUGAACGAGUCCAAAUACAUCUGCACUAAAAUCCAUGUUACCAAUCACACGGAGUACCACGGUUGCCUCCAGCUGGACAAUCCCACUCACAUGAACAAUGGGGACUACAAGUUAGUAGCCAAGAAUGAGUAUGGGAAGGAUGAGAAACAGAUUUCUGCUCACUUCAUGGGCUGGCCUGGCAUCGAUGAUGGUACAAAUCCAAAUUAUCCUGAUGUAAUUUAUGAAGAUUAUGGGACUGCAGCAAAUGACAUUGGGGACACCACGAACAGAAGUAACAACAUCCCUUCCACAGACGUUGCUGACAAUACCGGUCGGGAACACCUCUCGGUCUAUGCUGUGGUGGUCAUUGCAUCUGUAGUGGGAUUUUGUCUGCUGGUAAUGCUGUUUCUGUUGAAGUUGGCAAGACACUCCAAGUUUGGCAUGAAAGGUCCAGCUUCAGUUAUCAGCAAUGAUGAUGACUCUGCCAGCCCGCUCCACCACAUCUCCAAUGGGAGUAAUACCCCAUCAUCUUCAGAGGGCGGCCCCGAUGCCGUCAUUAUUGGAAUGACCAAGAUUCCUGUCAUUGAAAAUCCCCAGUACUUCGGCAUCACCAAUAGUCAACUCAAGCCAGACACAUUUGUUCAGCACAUCAAGCGACAUAACAUUGUUCUGAAAAGGGAGCUAGGCGAAGGAGCCUUUGGAAAAGUUUUCCUAGCUGAAUGCUAUAACCUCUGUCCUGAGCAGGACAAGAUCUUGGUGGCAGUGAAGACACUGAAGGACGCCAGUGACAAUGCACGCAAGGACUUCCACCGCGAGGCCGAGCUAUUGACCAACCUCCAGCACGAGCACAUCGUCAAGUUCUACGGCGUCUGCGUAGAGGGCGACCCGCUCAUCAUGGUCUUUGAGUACAUGAAGCAUGGGGACCUCAAUAAGUUCCUCAGGGCACACGGACCUGACGCCGUGCUGAUGGCCGAAGGCAACCCGCCGACCGAGCUGACGCAGUCGCAGAUGCUGCACAUCGCGCAGCAGAUCGCCGCGGGCAUGGUCUACCUGGCCUCCCAGCACUUCGUGCACCGGGACCUGGCCACCCGCAACUGCCUGGUGGGCGAGAACCUCCUGGUGAAGAUUGGGGACUUCGGGAUGUCCCGGGAUGUGUACAGCACCGACUACUACAGGGUUGGUGGCCACACGAUGCUCCCCAUUCGCUGGAUGCCUCCAGAGAGCAUCAUGUACAGGAAGUUCACCACAGAAAGUGACGUCUGGAGCCUGGGGGUCGUGUUGUGGGAGAUCUUCACGUAUGGCAAACAGCCCUGGUAUCAGCUGUCGAACAAUGAGGUGAUAGAAUGCAUCACUCAGGGCAGGGUCUUGCAGCGACCUCGAACAUGCCCCCAGGAGGUCUACGAGUUGAUGCUGGGGUGCUGGCAGCGGGAGCCCCACAUGAGGAAGAACAUCAAGGGCAUCCACACGCUCCUUCAGAACUUGGCCAAGGCAUCUCCAGUCUACCUGGAUAUUCUAGGCUAGGGCCCUUCCCCAGGUCUAUCCUUCCCAAAGCACCUCCUCAGAUGGGCCGAGAGGAUGAACGUCUUUUAACUGCCGCUGGAUGCCAUCAAUCUGCUGUUCUUCACUCUGACAGCGUUAACAGAGACACUGAGAAGCUUUCAGAGGGAAGCAAUGUGUACUUCUCCAUCCGUAGACACAGUAUGGACUUCUUUUUGGCAUUAUCUCUUUCUCUCUUUCCAUCUCCCUUGGUUUGUUCCCUAGGUUUUUUUCUUCUUUUUUUCCUUUCUUUUUUGUCUUUCCUGCUUCACAGUCCUUACCUGCCUUUUUAAAUCAAUCUGGCUUCUGCAUUACUAUUAACUCUGCAUAGACAAAGGCCUUAACAAACCUAAUUUGUUAUAUCAGCAGACACUCCAGUUUGCCCACCACAACUAACAAUGCCUUGUUGUAUUCCUGCCUUUGAUGUGGAUGAAAAAAAGGGAAAACAAAUAUUUGACUUAAACUUUGUCACUUCUGCUGUCCAGACAUCGAGAGUUUCUAUGGAUUCACUUCUAUUUCUUUAUUAUUAUUACUGUUCUUAUUAUUUUGGAUGGCUUAAGCCUGUGUAUGAAGAAGGAAAACUUGUGUUCAAUCUGGGAAGCUUUUAUCUAUGGGAGAUUAAAACCAGAGAGAAAGAAGAUUUAUUAUAAACCGCAGUAUGAGAGGAACAAAGACAACCAUUGGGAUCAGCUGGCGUCGGUCCCCGCUUAGGAAAACCCCAGCGACUGUUAGCUGGGAGGAAUGUAUUCGGCACCUUCCCCUGAGGACCUUUCUGAGGAGUAAAAAGACUGUUGAACUCUGUGCCGUGGACUCUUCUUUUCCCAUCACCGGAAACACUAGAGUGUAGUAGAGGGAAAAGAUGGCUUCCGUGAGACGCAAGAUGGCGCAUCACACGCUCAGACGGUCUUGUCUUUGUAGAUCGUGGUGAUAGCACUGGUUUGUUUUUCCAAGUGUUAAUCACUGAGGCUUUAUCAAGUUCAGUUGAAAAUAGGUGGAUUCUUAUCCAGAGAUCAUUUCAGGGUCAGAUGGGAAAGCCAAGGACUUGGAAAGGUAGGACAAGCUAUAAAUUCAGAGGCAAGUUUCUCUUAUAUUGAACUUUUCAGAUAGCACUUCUCUCCAACCCCUACCCUCCACCUGACCCAUCCUUUUAACUGUGCAAGCAAAAAUGUGCAUGGUCUUCGUCGAUUAAUACCUGUGUGCAGAACUACCGCUCCAGACGUCGUGCCCCUGAUACGUAGAGCAGAUCCUUAAGAGGUAUCACUUAUAUAAUUAGGGGAAGCUAAUGGGGUUCAUUAGCUGAGUAUAAAUGUCUCUGGGUCUUAUGGUGGUGAUGGGUUUUAACAAAUAUGUACCCUGAAGCCUGGAAGUCUCCAUCCAUGCGGCACCCACUGUGGGACUGGGGGAAGGGCAGUCAAUCCCGGAGGGAAAGGAAACCUCACCUGGGGCAUCACCUGCAUUGAUGCCCAGUGUACACAGGCCAAGACCUUGCUCUGGGCUCUGGUUGGGAGAGUGGUUUCAUUCCAAGUGUACUCCAUUGUCAGUAUGCUGUUUUGUUUUCUUCACUCCAUUAAAAGAAGUAAAAAUAAAAAAUUAGGCACAGCAUGCCAAUAGGAGGCUAUGCCCAGGUCAAGCUUUGGAGGUGUGCUUCUGGGCAUAGUCAUGGGUUUUGCAAAAAGAGAUUGUAAAUUUAAAUAGAAAUUUACAGUUAUUUGAUGAUCAGUUACACCAAGGAAGAAAAAUAUUUCUGUUCCACAAGAAAACGUGCUACCCUCUGUGAGGGGAAUUUUGCUAACUUGACACCUUUAUAACACGAGCCAGAUUGAAAAGGAGUGAUUUUAAUUCAUCUUAGGUCAUUUUAUUUCAUAUUUGUUUCUGAAGGUGCAAUUGCUCUGUUUAGGUUUUUCUUACGCCCUUAAGUACUGGAGCACCUUAUUUUCCAUUAUAGGCUUUGAAAGUCAGUUGUCAAAAAAUCAAUAGUGUCGAUUAACUGAGAACAAAAGGAAAUCCAGUAGCAUCUGCAGUCAAGUGAAGAGGGUUGGACAAGACGAACCCUGGUCCCUUCAAGUUCUGCGCUGGCCUAUGAGAUGUGAGAGUUGAGCUGUUUGUUCUCCUUGUAGGUGAAAAACCACCCCUCCAGAAUACACAUAAUAAUAUAAUGAAAGCCAUAUCUCCAUGAUAUAUACCUGCACGUAUAUAUCCUACAAGGACCCAUGGUACUGUGCAAACACUGUGGCACUCUGUGAAGCGGUAAAGAAGGGGCAGAUUUGUAUAAAACUCUUCUAGAUUCCAUCAGCAAUGACCUAAAAACCUACACAGGUUUGUCUUUCUGCGCGACUGGCCAGUUGCUCUGGGGGAAGAAGCUGCAAGUUAUUUGUUUUAUUUUAACAGACAGCAAAAGAGGUAAUACCCUAGGAAAUCAAAUUUAAGGAGGGCUGUGCAGUUUUAGAGCAAGGCCUUGUUUAAGGCAAAUCAGAAGACGGGAGCAUUCCAUUCCAUUCCUGUGUUGUUUUCCUCUGAAGGAAAAAAGAAAAAAAAUGUCUCCUUACCUUCUGACAGAUCCCUCAAGGUCUUGAAAUAAAAGGUUCUAUGCAAGCACGAAGUUUUAUAGUUCUUUCUAUUGCUGAUUAUUAUCUUUUUCCUCUGUUGUCUCAAGAGUAUGUACUGAUUUCAGAGAUGUCU